UUAAGGAGUCGCUGUUUUUAUGUGUCCUGGAUGUAGGAUACUCGUUUAAAGAGUGACACGAGCCGAAUGUAAGCAGUUCUCCUGAGUCGACCGACUGGUCUCAUUAUAAACCAUUAAAUAUUUCACUGGAGCUACUUAAAAGUUAUACAGCAGGCUACACAAAAAGCAAACUUGAGCGACCCGCUUGCGUUCGCUUGAAGUAUGAGCUAGGAGCAGUGCCACAUCUCGGUCGGAGCCAGACAUAAAUGUUGCUAAGCGAUAAUGAGCGGUGACAUCAUCACCUGGCUGUGAGCGGAUGCUGGGGGGUUUUCUGGUCUGGGCCCGGUUCUACCCCGUCGGGGGCUGAGAGAGAGAGCGACAGCAUGGAAGCAGCCCCCAGUACCAGCGCGACCCAGGCGGCUCACAGCGUCUGUCUGAGGGACCAGGUAUCCAGGAACACUGGAACCCCACAGCGAAACGCCGGUGCCCUCAGUGACCCUGGCCCAACCGCCAUCCUGGAGAAAACACUGGAGUUCUUCAGGAUAUGUGACAUCGAAGACAAAGGAUUCAUCACUCGCAGAGAUAUGCAGAGACUGCACAGGAGCCUGUCCCUCAGCGCAGACGAGCUGGAGAACGUCUUCGACACGCUGGACACCGAUGCCAACGGCUACCUCACCCUGGAGGAGUUCUCUUCCGGAUUCAGUCACUUCCUGUUUGGGCGGAGAAUCUCGGUGGCGGAGGCGGGGGAGGUGGAGGGGGAGGCGUGCGUGGCGCCAGGCUCCUUGGAGGUGCUGUACCAGAGGCAGUGGGAGGCGCGAUUGGUGAGAGGCGAGGAUGAUGAGGAGAGACACUUCUGCAUGCUGAUGGAGAGCCUGGGCGCCAGCAGCAUCUUUGAGGACCCAGCCCAGGUACGUAGCCUGUGGGCCCAGCUUCGUCGGGAUGAGCCUCACCUCCUGUCCAACUUUGAGGAGUUCCUGGCCAGGGUCACGUUCCAGAUCAACGAGGCCAACCAGGAGAAGAAGGAGAUGGAGAGCGCCCUCAAGAGAAAAUCUGCGACUCAUGACGAUGAGAUUCAGCGUCUGUACGAGGAGAUGGAGCAACAGAUCAAGUCUGAGAAGGACAGGAUCCUUCUGCAGGAUUCUGAGCGCUUCCUGUCACGCAGUCAGGACCUGGAGCAGCAGCUCAACCACAAGGAGCAGGAGCUGGAGCAGAUCUUUCACAAACACAGGAGGUUGGAGCUGCAGUGUCAGGACCUGGAGAGCCAGCAGCUGGAGAGCAGGGUGGAGAACGUGAAGCUCAAACAGACCAAUGAGGAGCUGCAGCGGGAGCUGAGACACACCUGCCAGGAGCUCAGUCUUGCCCAGGAGAGCCUCAGCCGCCUGCAGGAGGAGGCCUCCCACCUGCACCAGGACCGCGAGCUGGAGCUGUAUCGAGUCACAGAGGGGAUGCAGCGAGAGAGGGCGAGCCUUCUAAAACAGCUGGACCUGCUGAGGGAAAUGAAUAAACUCUUGAGAGACGAGCGGGACGUGUGUUACUCAAAAUCCAAGGAUUCGCUCAGAAAGUCCCGGAAGCACAGGCCAGGGUGGCUGGGGCUGCACCACGACGAGAGGCAGCAGUCCUUAAAAAGUGACGAUGAGGACGACCUGGCACUGCUGUCCGCGAUGAAGAGCUUGGGGGGUGUGAACGGGCAGGGGCCGGGCCUCAGCGCCGAGGCUCUGGGUUCGAAAGCGGGCCCCGGUAAAGGUCAGCUCCAGAGGAUUAUCUCCAUCGAGGAGGACCACCUGCCCCACCUGCUGCAGCAGCACUACCAGGCUCAGCUGCAGCAGUGGGGCGAGGAGGAGCAGGAGGAGCAGGAGGAGGAGGGGGAGGGGGAGGAGUGCUCAGAUCUGGAGAUGAGUGACAUUUACCCCUGCCCUCUGACCUCCACUGCUCCCGAAACCCUACAGGACUCCCCACCCACAGAGCAGAGGGCUCACCCCUCCCCCGCCAACACAGACACUCCCCACGAUGACACGGACACGCCCCUCACUGAAACAGACACACCCCACACUGACACAGACACGCCCCUCACUGACACAGACACGCCCUCCUCCCCCAGGGGGCAGCCUGUCGGCAAGGAAACCAUCCGGCAGGAGGAGGGCGUGGCCUCCACUCCAGACCGCCUCUUUAAGAUCGUGCUGGUGGGGAAUUCCAGCGUGGGCAAGACGUCUCUGCUGCGCCGUUUCUGUGACGACUGCUUUUACCCAGGAACCUCUGCAACUGUGGGUAUAGACUACAGUGUGAAGACGCUGAUUGUGGAGAACAGCAAGGUGGCCCUGCAGAUGUGGGACACAGCUGGACAGGAGAGGUAUCGCAGCAUCACCAAGCAGUUCUUCCGGAAAGCAGACGGAGUUGUGGUCAUGUAUGACAUCACCUCCGUGCACACCUUCACCGCCGUUCGCCAGUGGCUGACCAGCAUACAGGAAGGAGCCGGGGAAACCAUUCCCAUCAUGCUGCUGGGCAACAAAACGGACAAAGAGAACGCGAGGGAGGUCCAGGAGAGACUGGGUGACAAAUUAGCCAAGGACUCCCAGCUGAUCUUCUAUGAGUGCAGCGCCCUCUCUGGUCACAAUGUGGUGGAGUCCAUGGUUCACCUGGCCAGGAUUCUGAAGGCGCAGGAGGAUCGGGAGAAGGAGAAGACUGUGCAGUUACUGCAGGAGUCCCCCAGUAACACCAAGAGAUCCUGCUGCUCCCGAUCGUAAAGCUGGGCCUCCCCUGUCCCCCCACAGCCGGCACCUCCUCUGUCCCUCCUGCCCCACAGCCGGCACCUCCUCUGUCCCUCCUGCCCCACAGCCGGCACCUCCUCUGUCCCUCCUGCCCCACAGCCGGCACCUCCUCUGUCCCUCCUGCCCCACGUCCCAAGUUCUCCUCUGCCCCACGGUCUGGUUCUCCUGUGUCCUGUUCCUCUAUCGCUGGACCUCUUUAAACAUUUAAAAGGUUCUGUGGGCUCUCCAGAGCUUACUGCAGGGGACAUUGAAGAGAACCCAGUCUUGGCUGUAUGAAUAUUACAUCUGAGCAACAAGAGUGAAUUCCAUUAUUAAUGUUGCCAAUUUAUCUAGUUUCUCGAUGCACUAUUAUAUAUAAAAUAGCAAUUUAUUUUCCUACGUAAAUAGUUUUAAAAAUUAAAAAUAAUUCCUCCUCAAAACAAAAACAGAAUGGCUUUACUUGUAAAUCAAAGGGGAGAAAGAUGCUUUGUUUACUUUAAGAUGGUCCUACAGUACAGUUUCUACAAGGGGCUGUCCAUCUCUUCUGAUCUUUGAUUGGUCUUUUACUGCAACUGGAAAAAAUACAGUACAGAAAGACCAUUUUCCUUAUUGAGCUUAAAAUGUCCAGUGAGGUUUCUUUGAAUCUGGUUACCAUGUAAACACACACCAUGACUGAAAACCUUGGAUGAUAAUGUAAAAUAUUGUGUAAUUACAGUUUACUGUAUUUGUGACAGAGGUGGUAGUUACAGUAAUAAGAACUGUGCGUUGUAUGUACAGUAUUGUCCUGAAUAGCUUACCGAAUGUUUUUCUUUUUACAUGGAAGUUAAUGUUUAAUUAUUGUUUGUGAUUUUGAAAGUGUGUCAAAAGCUGUAAUAUUAUAAAUACAAAUAUUUAUUCAGCUUAGUGUACUUUCGCUGUAGAAAAGGUAUUUUUGGGAUUCAACAUGAUGUCACCAUGAAUUCACUGAAGCCUGUUAGAAUAUGUCAACUUUAAAUAAUUUGGUUAUCCUCUGGCCUAUUUUUCAGUGUAAAUGUCGAUAGUGCUGUUAUUAUUCACCUGAAAAGUCAAAAUUUAUCCGCAUCAGCACACAGCAUUAGCUACCACGCGCAUGGAUUUGCCUGAUGUUUAAAAGCAUUCUGUGCAUCAAUGAAACCUGUUCAAAGCUUCUCUAGUGCGGUGGCGCCCUCUGCUGGUGACCGGUGGCCAGGACAUUAAAACAGUACAGAAGAGCACAUACCCCACUGUGGAAAAUUAGAUUGUGUCCUAAACUGUCUAUUGUAUGAGAUUCUGUUUAUCACUUUGCACUGGAUCAGAAGGGCAUCUGUCUUUUAUUAUUCUAACACUCAGCGAAGUACACUGUGAAAUGAACACUGAUAAUGAACACUGCAGAGCAGAGCACCAAACCAGCACACGUCAGCACUGUUUCGCAAACUGUUGUUUUCAUUUCUGGUUUCUAUCAAUCGCAUUUGCACAUUCCUGUACAAUUGGAAAAACAGUUUCUGUUAUAUGUUUAAUGAUUGAGUUUAAUUAUGAAAAUAGAAAUAUGUGAGGUAAAUUAUGAAUAAAUACAAAUAUAACACAGAAA